AUGUUCGACAUCGACCAACCCGAUCCUAUCGACGAGGCGUCCGUUGCGAUGCCUCUUGAAGCCGGCACCAAGGAGAGACGCCGGGCUAGAAUACUCCGAGGUAUCAAGAGAAUGUCUUCUUCGCCGUCGCUGUUUCAGUUGGACCGGGGCCGAUCGUCUGCCUCGCCAUACGCCGCCCAGGGAAGUUUUUCCUGCGUGAGUCUUGCGGCAACACCGUCAUCUUCCAGGCACGAACCUUCCGCCAGGGUCGCCCCAGGACAGUUCACAAGCAACCAGUCCUUUAUUCCCCGCAGCUCACCCGCCGAAUCCUCUGCAUUAAAGGACAUCGACGCACGCCUAGCACGUCGAGUUCCAAAUAUCCCUACGGCACACUUGAACCCGACUACCAUUUCUCUGCCCGCCGAUGUUGCUGCUUCAAGAUCGCGGUCUGGCACUGUCCGAAAACUGCCUUUCGACUUCUGGGCUCGCAUCCCCGACGAAAUUCGAGUGCACAUAUUAUCGUUCCUCCGACCGAAAGAACUCAUUCGCCUUUGCCGUGUCAGCAAGGAAUUCUACAGGUUCUGCUUCGACGGCCAGUUGUGGACCCAUUUCGACGCCACCGAGUUUUACAUGGCAAUACCCGCCGAAGCUCUUGCCAGGAUCAUCGUCUCAGCUGGCCCUUUCGUCAAGGACCUCAACAUUCGUGGGUGCCUUCAGAUCGAACAUUACAAGCGAGCUGAAGUCAUCGUGAAAGCUUGCAGGAACCUGAUCAACGCAACUUUGGAGGGAUGCCGAAACUUUCAGCGAAGUACCUUGCACAACCUGAUUCGGGCGAACGAGAAGCUGGCCAGCUUGAACCUCACAGGCAUGACAGCCGUGACGAACGGCUCGUGCAAGAUCAUUUCUCAGCACUGCCCGCAGCUCGAAAUGCUCAAUGUGUCGUGGUGCAAACACAUGGAUGCUCGGGGCGUUAAAAUGGUAGUGCUCGGAUGCCCGAAGCUACGAGAGGUAAGAGCGGGAGAGGUCAAAGGGUUUAACAACAUCGGGGUGGCCGAAGCUAUCUUCGCGACCAAUAAUCUCGAGAGGCUGGUGUUGAGCGGCUGUUACGAUCUCGACGACGACACCUUCAAGGCCAUGAUUCAUGGUAGUGAACCUGAGGUGGAUAUCCUAACAGGUCGGGCAAUAGUGCCACCGAGGAAACUUCGACAUCUAGAUGUUAGCCGAUGCCCUCAAUUGACUAACGAAUCCGUGGCGGCGUUGGGCUACCUAGUGCCAGAUCUAGAAGGCCUGCGACUGAGCGGAUGCACGUCGCUGACCGACGCGGCCCUCCGACCGAUUCUUGCAUCGACUCCUCGGCUCACCCAUCUAGAAUUAGAGGAACUUUCCGAGCUGACGAACGACCUUCUCUCUGAGCAUCUGGCCAAGGCCCCGUGCGCGUCGAAGCUUGAGCAUCUUUCCGUGAGCUAUUGUGAGGGCCUGGGCGACGCGGGCAUGCUGCCCGUGAUGAAGAAUUGCAUCAGCCUCAAGAGCGUGGACAUGGACAACACACGGGUCGGCGACCUAACUCUCAAAGAGGCUGCGGACAUGGUCCGGUCUCGGUCGGCGCGCACUUUGGCGCGCGAUUCCCGCCCCCGCAUCGGGCUCAAGCUCGUCGUAUACGACUGUCAGAUGAUGACGUGGACCGGCGUUCGGGAGAUUCUGUUCCAGAACGCGAGUAUCGGGCAGCCCUCCAAAAACGGCGGGUCACCGACGUACCCCACGGAGAUCGUAGGCCUGAAGUGCUUCUACGGCUGGCAACAGACGGUAGAGCAGCAUACGCAACGCGUGCUGCGGGGAGACUUCGCCGCCGCCGCCCGCCUCGAGCGCAAGUGGGCCGACUACAUGCAGGCAGUUGAGGAGACGGGGGCGGUGGGAGCGGGCCACCGCCGACGGCAACGCCGCGCCCGCGAGGCCCAGCUGCUUCACGCAGACGAAGAAGGGGGAGGCGCCUUCGCAGCCGGCCGACGGCGCGCGCGGACCGUGGCGGCCUCUUGCGCCGUCAUGUGA